AUGUCUCGACAGCUCGCUCAGCCUCGACCACCGAUUCUAUCUCUACCGGUAGAAAUUUUCCAUAACAUUAUAGCUCUCGCUAACUCCCACCCCUCUGGCAUCUCCAUAUUUGAGGUUAUCAAGUACAUGCAAGUCUGCCGCUAUUUCUAUAAUGUACUUCAAAGAACGCCCACCCUUUGGACUCAUGUCGCCUGCGUCGUUUCGAGUCCCGAUCAUGUUGGAAGGUUUCUAGGCGGAGUCGAUCAAGCAGUUGCGAACUCGAGAAAUCUGCCAUUAACUUUGCGCCUAUGCAUCGCUGCCCAGAUUUCCAAUGAUCAGUUCAGCAGCAUUCUCAGACGCAUUGCCUCGUGCGGGUCCCGCUGGGAACACUUGGGCGUGCAAUUCGCAGGAAGCCACGACCCGUCUCACGCUGAAAGGUGGUUUCCGCACCUCUGGGAGAUGGCACAGGCGGUCGGACUGCCCAAUCAAUUUAUAAACGUGCGUUCCCUCUGCUUCGACACCUUUAUGGGGAGCACUCGAGCUGUACUGGUCCAGUACAGCGCUGAUAAUUGGAAUCUUCCCCAACUCUUCCCGAAUCUUCGCAAGGCAAUGGUACUCAGCUCCGAGUUAUCACACCACCUAACAUCGACCUACCGGCUUCCAGAUCAGCUUUCCCAGUCCCUGGAGGAGUUGUCCCUUAAAAGUGUAUUCCAUAACACUUCAUUGGUUAUGGUGAGGGACAUCCUCGCUCGUGCCCCCCACCUAAAGAAGCUCAGCCUUAACGUGUACGAUAACUCCACCUUUGUUACUUCUGCAGCCCGGCCAUCGACCGCUCUCCGACACACUUUCCUGGAGGAAUUGGAUCUCGAGGGUGACGCGGAUUUCAUCCCUAACCAGAUCCGCUCGAUAAUCUGUCCUUCGCUCGUUUCUCUUCGUCUAUCCAACGAAUGUCAAGAUGAAUUCCUCUACCAAGGCGAUUUUGUCGGUGAGCUGCUUGCAUUAGUAGGUUGGCCGGCAUGUGAAUUGCAAAGCCUCGUGCUUGAUUACGUGACAUGCCUUUCCAAUGAGAGCAUGGUCCGUCUCUUUGCAGGGCUUCCGCAUCUCAACGCCGUAAAAAUCAGCAUCACCACGGACCCAGGCAUCGACGAGCGCUUCUUCGCCAUGCUUUGGCAAAGGUCCGGUAAUGGCUCGUUCCUUCCUCGGUUGGAGUCUUUUGAAUUCGAGGUUUGGACUACAUUUGGCCACGAGGACUAUGAGCUCUUUUCAGUCCAGUCUUUCGCCAACUUUGUCGAGGAUCCUCAAAGAAAGGGCAGUGGUCCGUUUGCUCAUCUUCGUGCGGCGAAAUUUACUCUCGACGGGGACACAGUUUAUAGUAGUGGAGGCAUUCAUUUUCCUGUUAUAUAA